AUGGAGCUAAUAGGAACAGCAAUUGGAUUCUUGAAGUGUAUAGGGGUUCCUACAUGCAGAUACUUGGAUAAUUACCGAACACUUGAAGAAAAAAUGAAUGAUCUAAGAUUGAGAUUGGAUGACUUGAAUGUUCGAAAGCAAGAUAUAGAAUCGGAAAACGAAUCGGAGAUCCGUGGCGGGAAAAUGGUCAAGAAAGAAGUAGAGAAAUGGCUAGACAAUGUAGAGAAAAUGAAUGCCGAAAUCGAGAAGAUCGAGCAGAAGCUGGUCGUUGUUUCUUGCUUCUCACGUGCUCGAUUAGGCAAACUUGUUCGGAAGAAGAUCGAAGAAGUGAAGGAAAUUCAUCAACAAGGCUGUUUUUCGGAUGGUGUGGCGGUUGAUAGGCCACCAGCCAAAGGGGUGACAUUGUUAACAUCAGAUUUAGAAGGUGAAACUGAUGUAAACAAUCAAAUAUGGAAGCUCUUGAUGGAUGAUGAUAAAGUUGGAAUGAUUGGAGUUUGCGGGAUGGGCGGUAUCGGGAAAACUACGGUCAUGAAGCAUAUCAACAAUCAAUUGUUGAAGGAAGAUCAAUUUCAUAAAGUCAUUUGGGUUACUGUAUCGAAAGAAAUGAAUGUUUCCAAAGUACAAGAAGACAUUGCUCGUUGUCUCAAGCAUUCUCUUCCGGAAGACGAACUCGAACGGGCAACAACAUUGAACCAUGCUUUGGAAAGAACAAGUUAUGUGUUGAUAUUAGAUGAUGUUUGGGAACGGUUUUCUUUAUCGAAAAUCGGAAUCCCUGAUCCGAAACCUGAUGAGCAGAGGAAGGUUAAAGUAGUGCUUACUAGCAGAUCAAAAGAAGUGUGCAAAUCUAUGGGGUGCAAGGUGGUCCAGGUGAAACCUCUUUCAAAACAAGAGUCCAUGAAUUUAUUCUUAAACCAUGUCGAGCUUGAGCAUAGUGUUGUACAAGAUCCAGAGUUGAAAAAAAUUGUGAACUCCAUUGUAGAGAAAUGUGGAGGUUUACCACUUGCCAUUGUUACAAUAGCUGGUAGCAUGAAAGGGGUAUAUGAUAUCCAUGAGUGGAGGAAUGCACUAAAUGAGUUAUGUCAACAAGUGAAAAGUGUGAAACAAUGGGAUAAUGAAGUUUUCGAGUGCUUGAUGUUUAGUUAUAACCGUUUGGCCGAUUCAAAAAUCCAGAAUUGUUUCGUAUAUUGCUCGUUGUAUCCCGAAGAUUUUUCUAUUAAAAGAAGGGAGCUGAUCGAGAAAUGGAUCGAUGAGGGGUUCAUUAAUGGAAAUACUAGGCAGGCAAUGUAUGACAGAGGCCAUAGUAUUCUAAACAAGCUCGAAAACAAUAGCCUGUUGGAGCGGACUCGAAGUUUAGGCUAUGAGUUAAGUGUUAAGAUGCACGACGUCAUAAGGGACAUGGCAUUGUCGAUCAAAGACCAUUCUCGAUUCUAUGUGAAAGCUGGCUUGCAGUUGAAGGAACUACCGGAUGAACACGAAUGGACGACAGGGACUUUUGACAAGGUUUCCUUGAUGAAUAAUUCAAUAGUAGAAAUCCCUUCUCACAUUUCACCUAAAUGUCAUAAUCUAUCAACCUUGUUAUUGCAACAACGUGAUCUGGAAUUCGGAAGGGUUCUAGAAACCGGUUUCAAAACGAUACCGGGAACUUUCUUUGAGCACAUGAAUGGACUAAAGGUUCUUGAUCUUUCCUAUACCAACAUCACGAAUCUGCCCGAUUCCAUUUCUAACCUGGGAAAUCUUAAUUCCCUGGUACUCCGAUGUUGUUACAAGUUAAGACAUCUGCCUUCUUUAGCAGGGCUUAAAGCACUGAAAAAGUUGGAUCUUUAUAACACAACCAUUGAUAAGAUCCCUCCUCAAAUGGAAACGUUAGAAAAUCUAACGUAUCUUGCUCUACAAGCAGAGAGUUUAAAGGAGCUACCGACCGGAACUCUACCGAUGUUUUCUCGUCUCCAAUACUUGGCAACAAUGCUACAGCUAAAAGGAGAAGAAGUAGGCAAAUUAAGCAAGCUUGAAUUUCUUUCAUGCGUAUUUCUUGAUAUGGAAGAGUUCAAGAAAUAUAACUCUACGACCGGAACCAAAUGGCCCCAAAACUAUAUUUGCUCCGUGGGAUCGUCUUUGUCUAGAAAUGGUUCGUUAUUUGGGGUGGAAGGCAUGUUUGAGAAACCUGAGGAGCAUAACACUUUAUACUUUGUUAAUUGUGAUCUAGAAGAAGCAGACUUUGCAAUGCUUCCAACGGACCUCGAUUAUUUUCAUGUUGAGAAGUGUGAUGAUCUCAAAUGCUUAAGCGACGGAACGUCUUUGUUCCAUGAAGUAACACUUUGUCACAUUUGGGAGUGUCAAGGGAUCGAGUGCGUGAUCAAUUUGUCGUCAUCGCCUUCCUACUCAUUCAAGAACAUCGAGAGGCUAGUUCUUGGAAAACUAUGCAACUUGAUUGAACUUGUAAGAGUAGGACCAACAGUUGAAUCUCCAUCUCCUGUCAUCUUUUCUCGUCUUACAAUGAUUAGCUUGGAAAAAUGUUCAAGGAUGAAGAAGUUGUUUUCGGUUGAAAUGUUGCAAGGCCUCCAAAACUUGGAGGAUUUGAGGGUUGAAGGUUGCCAUGAAAUGGAAAAAAUCAUAGACGACAAUGGAACAAGAAAAGGUUCCGACACUACAUCACUUGUUCUCCCAAAACUAAGGGAACUGUCCUUAUACAGCUUACCAAGUCUGGAAACUAUUUGUGGUAAUGGUGUGAUGAUUCCCACAAAUUUUCUUCGAUAUCUUCGAAUAACAGAAUGUCCUGAACUAAAAAGGAUCCCUUUGUUACUUCCCCAGCUUGAAAAUGGGGAACCUGCAAUUCCUCCAUUUUUGAAACGAAUCUGUGUAAAGCCAAGAGAAUGGUGGGAGUCCAUUGAAUGGGAUGAUCCUAAUGCUAUGAAUGUCGACCUUUCAACCUUUGUUUCUCAUGUUGAAUAUUUCUAG